CAAGAACCUGCGAGCUCAGAGGCGGGAUUGAUUUCUCCCCUGCCAUCAUUGCUGUGAGUCAUGGCGGACAAAGCCAAGGCUGCCGAAGCAAAGGCGCGAGGAAACACGGCUUUCCAAAGUCACGACUACGCGAAGGCUGCGGAGUGCUUCAGCGAGGCCAUCAGCCACGACCCGAACGACCACGUGCUCUACUCGAACCGCAGUGGCGCUUAUGCAUCCCUCAAAGACUUCAGCAAGGCGCUCGACGACGCCGAGAAGUGCGUUGAGCUCAAGGGGGAUUGGCCGAAGGUGAGAUGGGAUGAGAUCUGGGAUAAGAAGCAGGCAGAUCCAUUCCAUGCAGACAGGGAGAGGGACAGAAGAGAGGGGAGGAGAUGAUGAACGUGUUCUUUGCUGUUUUGUCAGGGGUAUGGUCGCAUGGGCCUGGCUCUGUUCAACCUGGGACGGCUCCAGGAGGCAGAGGUCGCAUACAAGACCGGUAUGUGGGGCGCGGACCACACCACACCACACCACACCACACCACAACCACACACCACGAUCAUUGGUCGACCGAUGCAGGUCUGGAACUUGACCCGAACAAUGCAAGCCUGAAGGAAGGGCUGGACACCGUCAUGAGGGCCAAGCCAGGACCACCACCUCCUGGCGGCCAGUCAGGCGGUGGGUGGACGGGCGGACGGGGGAACAGAUGGAUGGAUGGAUGGAUGGAUCAUUGUGUGUGUGUCUGUGUGUGUGUGUGUGAUGGUUUGUGUGUGCAGACAAGACGCAGACGCUCUCACUCGACCCAAUGAAGAUCAUUGCCGCCCUCAGCGACCAGGUGAGUGAGUCAGGGAUGGACGGCCACACACAUCGGCUACUUUCUGCCUCUGUGGUCAUCAGCGUUUCAAGGGCUACGUGGAGGACCGGACCUUCAUGAGCGGCCUGGAGCAGCUGAUGCAGUGCAAGGACCAGGCGAAGCUCAACCAGCUGCUCACCCAGGACUCUCGCCUCCUGGAUGUGCUCAUCGCUGCACAGACAGCUCAGCCCCCCAGAGAAGGACCCGUUAGACACACACACACACACGCGCGCACAUCCGGUCAAACAGGGCCGACAUCCGGUCAAACAGGGCCGACACAUGACCUUCCGCGUGUUUUGUUCUGUCGUCAGUUCGGCAAUGGUUUUCCCUCUGAGCCGCCGACACGACCACGCGAGGCCGAAAGGCCGAAGCCCAAAGAGGAGACGAUGCCGCCUGCAGACAACAGGACGGACCAAGAAAAGGUGUGUUGGAUGGAUGGAUGGAUGCACAAGUGAAUGGGAGUAGUGGACACCUUAAGGCGCGCGCGUGUGUGUGUGUGUGUGUAGGCGGCGGAUAGGUGGAAGGAGAAGGGCAACGCGCUGUACAAGAGCCGCCAGUUCGAGGAGGCCCUCGAGGCCUACAGCAAGGCCAUGGAGGUCAACCCCAGCGACAUCACUUACAGGAACAACAAGGCCGGUCAGUCAGUGAGGGUGGGGGACACCCACAUGCACGAAGAGGAAGGGACAUGUGUCUGUGUGUGCGUGUGCGUGUGCGUGUGCGUGUGUGUAUGUGUGUGUGGCAGCUGUGUACUUGGAGAUGGAGGACUACGAGAGGUGUCUGGCGGAGUGCCAGAAGGCCCUCGACAUCAGAUACGAGGUCAAGGCAGACUACUCCAAAGUCGCUAAGGUACGAUCUCCACACCACACCAGAUGCAUGAAUGGAUGAAUGGAUGGAUGGACGUGUCGGUGGGCGGCCACCUUGUGUGUCAGGUCUACAACCGCAUGGCGGCCUGCUACACGCGCAUGAAGCAGUUCGACGACGCCAUCCAGAUGUAACCACACCACACCACAUCACAUCACAUCCACGCAUCUACACCUGCCUUCAUCUGUGCCUCUGUCUGUCUGUGUAUCUGUCUGUCUGUCCGUCAGGUACGAGAAGUCCCUGAUGGAGGACAACACGAAGCAGACGCGCGCCGCCCUGCAGGAGGCCAAACGGAUGAAGGAGAAGUAUGACGCUGAGCAGUACAUCAACCCGGAAGUGGCUGAGGAGGUACAUUGUGCGUGUGUCUGGGUGGCCACCAGCAUCAAUCACAUGACGUGGGCUGUCUGAAUGUGUGUGUGUGUGUCAGCACCGAGCCAAGGGCAAUGAGUACUGGAAGGAGAUGGACUACCCUGCCGCCAAGAAAGGUAAGAGACACAAGGAGGCCGCCAUCCAUCCAUCCAUCCACACAAGAGGCGACAUCCACUUCUCUGUGUGUGUUCGGGUGUGUGUGUGUCACACAGAGUAUGACGAGGCCAUUCGGCGCAACCCCAAGGACGCCAAGCUAUACAGCAACCGGGCGGCCGCCCUGCUGAAGCUCAUGGAAUUCCCAUCAGCACUCCAGGUCACACACACACACACACACACAGGGAGAGAGAGAGAGGGAGAGAGAGACGGACGACUGUGGCCCACGUGUGUGCAUCUGUCUGUUUGUUUGUCUGUCAGGAUUGCGAGAAGUGUCUCGCGUUGGAUCCCACCUUUGUCAAGGCCAUCAUCCGCAAGGGCCAAUGCCACUUCUACAUGAAGGAGUACAACAAGGCCAUGCAGACGUAUCAGGUCAGCCAGCAACGAAUCCCUGGCCUCCCACCUACCCACCCACACACCAUCUCCCCCGCUCGCACCUUGUGUGUGUGUGUGUGCGUGUGUGCAGGAGGGUCUCAAGAUUGAGCCAGAGAACGACGAGCUGCGCAAGGGCAUGGAACAAGUCAGACACCACCAAGACAGCAACAGACGGGCCAGACAGACACACAUGGCGCGUCCCUCUCUCUCCCUCUCUCCCUCUGUGUGUGCGUCUCCUCUCCCACCCACAGGUCUUGAUGAAGGUUCAGGAGACUGCCACAAGCGGUGAGGUCGACCAGGAGCAGGUGGCCCACGCCAUGGCCGACCCCGAGAUACAGCGCAUCCUCGGCGACCCACAGAUGCAGCUCAUCAUCAAGUCCAUGAGUGAAGACCCCAAACACGCUGCAGAGUGAGCGACCACCAUCGCCACACGCACACACGGGCUGGGUGCUUUGCUUUGUGGGAGUCUCUCUGCCUUGUGUGUGGCUGUCUGUGUGUCUGUGUGUCUGUGUGCAGGGCAAUGAAGGAUCCCCAAGUGCGAGCUGCCAUAUCAAAACUAGCGGCGGCCGGUAAGAGAGAGAGAGAGAGAGAGAGAUGGCAAACAAACAGGGGGGCUGCACACCGAGCACUUAUGGGGUUGCUGUGUGCUGGAUGUGCAGGCAUUCUGCGUCUCGGCUGACGGAUGGAUGGAUGCGCACUCGAGCAUCGUUUUUCCAUACGUGAGUGUGCGGUGCGGCUGAGCACUUUAUUCACGUACAUGCCAUGCGUGAGGGAAUUGACGUGCAUAAUGGUGUGGGGCUGUCCCUGUGCGUGUGCGUACGAGUAUGUAUGUCGCCCAAGACAUUACGUGCGCUUGGGAUGUGCGUGAGUGACUGACAUGACAGCUGUUUCAUUUGUCGGUUUGCCGUUCUGUGUUGUCG